AGGAGGAGCUCUGGCUUAUAUGAGGGGAGGUGUCUGAGGGUUCAGGAAAAGGGUCUCUGCUUCUUCAAAGACAGGGAGGUUUGAAUUAUCACGAACCCCCAAGGUACCCUUCUGAUGUUCACUCCAGGACUUCUAAGGAAAGUGCCCAGCCACACAAACUGAAAGUCUGGGGCAACCCGUCAGUGAGCCUCAGAGUUAAGUGCUGGUCUCAGUCCAGCAGCUGGGGAGAGGAGCAGCUAGGACUGGCCACUGUGCACCCCACCUCCACAGAACCCUGUGUGGGCUGACCUUCAGGGGCCCAGAAUUCGAGCCAAGGCAAAUCAUUGCCAUUGGCUCCGAUGAUUGCAUUUCUAGGACUUACCUUGUGAAAUGCCUACUGACUUAUCUAUUCAUGCUCUUCUCCACCCUCCCCAUAGAAAAGAGAAAAUCAGCAGGACUCAUUCAAAGACGAAGUGCAGGGAUUAACUGUCCUUCUAGGGCUCCCUCCUUGUCUGUUUUUCCUUCUGCUCCAGUGAGGUCAGCCAUUGUAAGAAAAGCAGGCGCUGACUCUAGGGAUCCUGGUCUUAAGGAUAUCAGAUCCGACGAGAGAUCCCAUUGGCCUGGCCCUCCCGUGCAGCUCCCAGGUGAAGGAGUAACCAAGGGUUUGUUCUUGACGGCUGCCCAGGCUGUCUCAGUGUCAUGAGGAACAAGAAAAAUGGCAACCCUAGUGGCCGGGACCGUGACUGAGCAAGAGGCCCUGGAGACCUCUGGUUACGAUUAUGUGUUUUCAAUGCCAUGUGAAAAAUACAAUGUCCAGCAGCUGAUGGCCCAGCUGCUGCCCCCACUGUAUGCCCUGGUGUUCGGGGUCGGGCUGCUGGGCAACGUGAUGGUGGUGGUGAUCCUCAUAAAAUACCGGCGCCUCUCCAUUCUGACCAACAUCUACCUGCUGAAUUUGGCAAUUUCUGACUUGCUCUUUCUAGUCACUUUGCCAUUCUGGAUCCACUAUGCACAGCAGGGUCAGUGGGUUUUUGGCUAUGACAUGUGCAAGCUGCUCUCAGGGUUUUACAGCAUGGGCUUUUACGGGGAGACCUUUUUCAUCAUUCUGCUGACCAUAGACCGGUACCUGGCCAUUGUCCACGCCAUGUUUGCUCUCCGAGCCCGGACCGUGUCUUUUGGUAUCAUGAGCAGUUUUGUCACGUGGGUCCUGAUAGUGCUGAUAGCCCUCCCUGAAAUUAUCUUCACUAGGGCCCAAGAUGAGCAGGGAUAUUUCUCCUGUGUUUCCCUUUUCCCGGAGGGAGACAUUGACACCUGGAAGCGCCUUUACAUUGCAAAAAUUAACACCCUGAGUCUGGUUCUGCCUCUUCUCGUUAUGGUUGUCUGCUACUCAGGCAUCAUUAAAACACUGGUGAGAUGCCCCAACAGAAUGAAGUACAAGGCCAUGCGGCUCAUUGUCGUCAUCAUGGUGGUCUUUUUCAUUUUCUGGGCACCCUACAACCUGGCUCUCUUCCUCCAUACUUUUCAAACGACUUUCUUUGAGACCAGCUGUGAGCAGAGCAAUCAGCUGGACGUGGCCAUUAUGGUAACAGAGGUGAUCGCCUACACGCACAGCUGCAUCAACCCCGUGAUCUACGCCUUCGUCGGCGAGAGGUUCCGGGAGCACCUCCGCCACUUCUUCCGCCGGCACGUGGCUGUGUACCUGGGCAAGUGCAUCCGACUGCGUGCUAGUGAGGCACCAGACAGAGCCAGCUCUGCGUCUCCAUCAACCAUGGAGCAGGAGCUCAUUGGUAUAUUUUAGGUCAGAUGCUACAAGUCGCCUUAAGAAAAUGCUCUUGGCACAUGAAGUAAAUACACAGAUCCAACGACAUUGACCCCUAUACCAGACCUUUGAACUUCCAGUGCUCUUGCAGACAUUAAAAUAUAUCCUCAGUGGUUGUGGUGUAUCUCUGUGCCCAAAAGUCUUCACCACAGGUCAAUGGCUGGGCAGUGUACUUACUGCCAACCCCAAAAAGCAGAGCUUUGCUUAUGUCUCUGAAAAGUUCAAUGCAUUUCAAUGCAGCUGAAUAUUCAAUAGUUAGUAUAUGCAGCUACAGACAGGUAAAACUUUGUAUACUUGAAAUCUUAACUUCGGCCAGCUGUUGACCAAAUGGAACAUAUUUCACAAAAUACAAUAAAUCA